AUGAAUACAAGCAUAUAUGAAAGUCGAAUCAGAGGCGAAAAGUCGAAUGAUACUGUAAAACAAGGUACACCAGAGGCAAAACGGUGUUUUUCCGUUGGAUGCUCAGGGCGGACUGGCGGUGUGGCUGACGCUUGCCCGCACGCCAGCACUGCGUGCGGUACGAUGUGCGCGUCGGACCAGGCCCGUUCUGACGCCCAGGCUUGUGACAAGGUGCUGACGGACGUAUCUGUUCUUGGAGGGACUGGUCAUCAGGCGAUGAUUACGAAUCGGGAGUUUCCUUCGGUCAAGGCGCUGCUGGCCGCCAUUCCGGACGAGUGCUACGAACGCUCCUUCGUGCGCUCGUCGGCAUACGCGGCCAUGUCUGUGUUGCUGACGCUUGCCUGUGGCUGGUUUGGAUACACGUAUCUAUGGAACCUCCAGGUCGGCGUAGUGUCGCGUAUGGCGGGCUGGGCGUCGCUGGCCAAAGUUGGCAUGCUCGUGCUCUGGGCGCUAUACGCUGCGGUAACCGGAACGAUCGCCACCGGCGUCUGGGUCAUCGCACACGAGUGUGGGCACGGUGCAUUCUGCUCGGCGGCAUGGCUGCAGGAUCUGAUCGGAUUUGUGCUCCAUUCAAGCUUGUUGGUGCCUUACUUCAGUUGGCAACGCUCUCAUGCAGUGCAUCAUGCCCGUACAAACCAUUUGGAUGAGGGCGAGACGCACGUUCCGCAUACCGCAAAUAGUGUUUCAGGGAAGACAAAUCUACGCAUCAUGCACUGGAUUGGAGAUGAUGCUUUUGGAGCCCUCAACGUUUUCAUGCAUUUGGUCCUGGGUUGGCCAGCAUAUCUUUUGUACGGUGCCACGGGCGGGCCAGUUCGUGGCCUGACCAAUCACUUUAUACCGUUCUCGUUUGGACAAGGUGAGCUGCAAUCUGUGAACGAGACCUUGCCGAGACCAGUAUCGCUGUAUCCCGGUUGGCGAUGGAAGCUCAGAGUGCUAGCCUCAGAUCUGGGGGUACUGGCGACGCUAGGGCUACUCUAUAGCUGGGCCCAAUACGACGGGCCGGUGCGCGUUUGCGUUGUGUACGGCUUGCCAUAUUUGGUCACAAACAUGUGGCUUGUACUAUAUACAUGGCUUCAGCACACGGACGUGGAUAUUCCGCACUAUGACUCGCAGCACUGGAGCUGGAACAAGGGCGCGCUGCUGACUGUCGACCGGCCGUAUCCAAAGCUCAUCGACUUUUUGCACCAUCACAUCGGGACUACGCACGUGGUGCAUCACGUAUGCUCGAGAAUACCCCAUUACCAUGGUAAGAAAGCCACAGAGGCUCUCAAGAAGGCUUUUCCCGAACAUUAUCUGUAUGAUCCUACACCAAUUCUCCAGGCGAUCUGGCGCAUAGGAUGCAACUGCGUCGCAGUUCGGCAAGUCGGAGAUCUCUGGGUGUACACUGUAUCCUGCGGCGAAGAGGAAAUGAAUGAGCGCGCCGUUGAUAACGCCGUUCGCAAAGCACAGAAAACGGCCUAA